AUGGGAGAGAGGCUGCCGGAGCCUCACGCCGGCUCUUCCCCUGCUGUGGCCGCCAGCUCCGCAGCGGAGGAAAUCGAGGUGCUGGGCUCCGAGGAUGUCCUGCCCAUGGCCGCGGAGGAUCACUGGAAAGCUCUAUUUGAUCAGUUCGACCCUGACAACACCGGCUACAUCAGCACAGAGAAGUUUCGCACUCUCCUUCAGAGACACGGCUCGGAGCUGGACCCCCACAAGCUGGAGGUCCUCCUGGCCCUGGCGGACAGCAACUCCGAGGGGAGGAUCUGCUACCAGGACUUCGUGAAUCUGAUGAGCAACAAAAGGUCGAACAGCUUUCGCCAAGCCAUCCUGCAGGGGAACAGGAGGCUGUGCAGCAAGGCUCUGCUGGAGGAAACGGGGCUGAGCCUAACGCAGAGGCUGAUCCGACACGUUGCCUACGAGACGCUGCCGCGUGAGAUUGACCGAAAGUGGUACUACGACAGCUACACGUGCUGCCCUCCACCGUGGUUCAUGAUCACCGUCACUAUCGUAGAGGUUGCCUUUUUCCUUUACAACGGAGUCGUGCUAGACAGAUUUGUACUGCAAGUCACCCAUCCCUUAUACUUGAAGAACUCAUUAGUUUAUCAUCCUCAGCUCCGUGCUCAGGCUUGGAGGUACCUAACCUACAUAUUCAUGCAUGCAGGGAUAGAACACCUUGGACUCAAUGUUAUUCUUCAGCUCUUGGUUGGGGUUCCCCUGGAAAUGGUGCAUGGAGCAGCAAGGAUCAGCUUUGUCUACAUUGCUGGAGUGGUGGCAGGAUCGCUUGCGGUGUCAGUAGCUGAUAUGACUGCCCCUGUGGUGGGCUCCUCUGGGGGUGUAUAUGCACUUGUCUCUGCCCACUUGGCCAAUAUAGUCAUGAACUGGUCAGGAAUGAAGUGCCAAUUCAAACUGCUGCGCAUGGCUGUUGCCUUGAUCUGUAUGAGUUUUGAGUUUGGAAGAGCUGUGUGGCUACGAUUCCACCCCUCUGCCUACCCACCCUGCCCGCAUCCCAGUUUCAUGGCUCACCUGGGAGGGGUGGUGGUUGGAAUCACCCUUGGCGUCAUCAUACUAAGGAACUAUGAGCAGAGACUCCAAGACCAGUCCUUAUGGUGGAUCUUCAUUUCUAUUUAUCUCAUUUUUGUCUUGUUUGCCAUCUUCUGGAAUAUCUUUGCCUACAACCUGUUGGAUUUGAAGCUACCUCCCCCUCCCUGAAAGCACAGGACAACAAACUCUGGAGAGUGGAACUCAUCUGCCGGCUAUGUUAAAUGAAUCAACAUGAAGGAUCUAUUUUUUAUAUGAAACUUAGGGGAGAAUGAUUCUUUUGAGCGCAAGCCUGUGCUGAAGGAGACACUGGAAGGUCUCAUAAGCGAAUGGGCUGAUGAGUUUGAGCAUGAAUCUAACAGGUACUGUAAUUCUGUUCGGCUUGGACCCUGCAUGUUUCCAUUGCAGGGACUCCUCUGGGAGAGCUUGUAUCUGGGCAUUCAUUGCUUGGUUUGUUAGCACACAUCCAUGUUUUUUAUGGGCUAUUUGCAUUUUUCACAUUGGUGCUGUACUUGAAACCAGUUGUUGAACAAAACUCCUCAAUGUCACUGAAUGCUCAAAUGGAAAACAAAACACAACAGAUAUUUGUUAAUUAGAUACUCAUGUGACAUUCACAAGGCAGCUUGGGUUUGGUUUCAAUGGAUACAUCUGACUGUUCAGCCAUACCAGUGCCACUGUCUGAUUACUUGAAUGGUUCCUUAAAAAAUUUAGCCUAUGGUGAAAACUCUUUCAAAGGGACCAGCAGAACUUGGUCACCCAAAGCAGUGGAGACUGGUCCUCAACUACAGAUCAAACAAUAUUGCACUAAAAACCUCCGGGACUCUUUAAGUGGUGUGGACACCCAUCCAGAGGUGACUUUACUCUGCAUGUUUCACUU